CUUUUCUUCCCUUCUCCACUUUUACCUUUGACGCAUUGGGACAUGACGGGAUUGUAAGCUGUCGGAGAAACGCUGUGUGUGUGUGUGCGAGUGUGUGUGCGAGUGUGUGAGCGAGAGAGAGAGCGAGAGAGAGAGAGAGAGAGAUGGACGAUAUGCGCUGCUGACUCCGGACAGCUUUUUGUGGUCUGAUAGUGUGGCGCGAUGGACAAAGAGCCCCAAACGAAAGCAGAGCAGACAAAAAGUCCAACCACCUCCACUACGACCUCCACCUCCUCCACAACCUCCACAAGCAGCACCACCUCCGCUGUGAGCCCUCCUCAGCCUCCCAAUGGCACGACAAAGAGCAGCUCAGCUCUUACAGCGGUCACCACCUUCCACAGCCAGCCUCCACCUUCAGACAGAAAAGUUGCUCAGGUCAAUCUGUUUGGGGACAGACUGGCUCCUGCUUUCUCAACAACUGUUUCAUCUCAACAGACUCAAAAAACAGUAUGUAGUCCACAUUUUGUCCCCCUUUUAUUUCCUUAUUUUAAAAACACCAAACUCUCAGGAUUCUCCAAUUACACAGAAGCCCCCAAGAGGCCAAAGGUGUCGGGUCCCAUCAUGCCCGGGUCAGCGGCCCUCCUCCAAACCAGCCAGAGCUCCAACCCCACCAGCACCAACCACAAGAUCUCACCCCAGGCUCUGCUUGUAGGAAAGAGUCCCACCAGCCAGACCCAGAUGCUCCUGAGGGCUCAGAUGCUGAUUCUAACGUCAACAGUGCGACCAGAUGCCCCUGUCCUCUCCUCCUCUUCCUCCUCCUCUCCCUCUUCCUCUUCACCUCGAUUCUCUUCUUCACAGCUCCAGAGCUUGACACUCCGCCCACCUCCACCUGGUACACUGACCAUCCCACCGAACCUGCCCCUCAAGUCUGCCUCCCCCUGUCCACCCCCAGCCCUGACCCGUGCCCGAGUGCCCACCCUGACCCCAAGACCAAGCGCACCGCCGUGCAGCUCUGGGAAGGACACACCCACAAAGAUAGAGAGUGCAGCCUCAACGACACCCUCGACUCCGCCCAAAGCUCCGCCUGUACGCCAUCUUACAGUGCCGCCUCCAUCUCUUUAUGCUCCGGCUCAGUCUCACGCUCUGGCCAAGCAAAAGUUAAGCAGCAGCAGCUUGAAGAGACCUCACAGUCAGAUCAACAUUCCACAACAAAUGUUCUCCUCGAGGCAUCCUUCUUCUCCGGUCGUACCAAAGAAACCUCUCCCCGAGCUGAAGCGUUGUCCCUCCACCCAGGCGUCACCGAGCGGCUUGAGCCAGACGUCCGCCGUACCCAUCACCGUGCCCAAUCCCAGCCGAUCCCACCUGACCCCACCCACUUUAACCCUACCGCUGACCUCCACUUCCCCCGGAGGGUCCUUACUGGCCACUAAGCAGCUCCUGAGGAUUGCUCUGUCCUCCGCCUCUGCUUCCACCCAGUGCACCAACGGCCAGCCUAAGUCCUCCACCAUGUCUCCGUCUCACGAUCUCUCCCAGCCGAAGCCUCAGCUUUCUCCUGCCUCGGCUAAACCAGAGUGCCCGAUCCCAUCACCACAGAACUCCAGCACCUGCCCCCAGCUGGUGCAACUGUCACCUUCAAGACAGACCUGGACAUCUCCUCAAAGAGCUUCUCCUCCAUCUCCGGUCCUCCCGCUUGUCUCCACAUCUUCCCCCAUGCCUCCACAGUCCCCUCUCACCUCCAUCCCCCACACCACUGACACAAACAAGGAGCUGAAAUGUGCAAAGCUGAAGGUGAAGCCGGGAAACGGCACCGAGGAAAUUGUGCAGGAUCUCAAACUGCCAUCGACACAGACAAAAGGUGUGGAAGGAAACCAAACAUCACAGAGCUCUGGCAUGGAACCACCUCCUUCAGGAGCCAUGGACAAGCCUACAGUGUGUAAACGCCCAGUGGUGUGUACAGAAGAGCCGAGGUCCCAGAAGAUGUCCUUUGUCUCUGUAGCACCGACUGCUGGACGAGAAGACGUCUGUAAGGAAACGUCCUCUCACACAGACAAUCACUCAGCCGUCUCCAGCCUGUGCUCGGAUCUGUCCCCAGUCCUGUCCUCUACAAUACGAUCCUCGGCCGUGUCGCCCCCCGGCCAGAGCUCUCCCUCCAAACUACUAUCCGUUUCAGAGCGAGCUCCCGCUCAGGAGCCGUCGUCCGGCCGCACGGGACUGACCGAACCCAGCAAACCGCUCGUCCUCACUCACCUGGUGGACGGCUUCAUCAUUCAGGAAGGACUGGAACCGUUCCCGGUGAGCGGCUCGUCUCUGAUGGUGGACCCGCGCCGUGCUUCAGGACUGAACGGGGCGAGCGGACCGGACGUGUUUCACACCACCUCAGAAUCCCCCGACAACUCGACCGACUCGGACGACGAGGUUUCCGUCACAAACAACGGCGUCGGUGUGGGACACAAACUCGUGCUGCAGUGUCACUUCUGUAAGAGGAAAGGAACUGCGCAAACCUUCAACCGCUCCAAACGCUUCUGCUCCAAAUCCUGUGCCAAGAGGUUCAGCUACACCAAACGUUUCCGAGCUCUGAGACGCUGCGUGAGUGAAGGACAUCGAUCUGAGUUUAACGGAGCAGAGGACGAGAUCGAGGAGGAAAACUUCCAACAGGUCAAACAUGGCACCACAGAGCAGUGGCGGAUUCUCCAGCGCCCCCUGCAGGAGGGAGAGGACGAGGCAGCUGCUCCGAUGAAGACGCGACUGCGCAGACACACAGAGCAGAGCGUGCGAGAGAGAGAACCCAGGAGCAGCGAGACUAAAAGCGCUCCGACUUCUCCUCUGGACUUGGUGUCACCCACAGACCUUUCUUCACACUCCAAACCUGCGCAGUGGUCCGUAGACCAAGUGUGGAGCUUCAUUUCCAGUCUACCAGGGUGUCAGGACAUCGCCGAAUCGUUUCGAGCGCAGGAGAUCGAUGGACAGGCUCUGCUGCUGCUCACUGAAGAUCACCUGAUGAGUGCCAUGAACGUCAAACUGGGACCCGCGCUCAAAAUCUGUGCCCGAAUCAACUCGCUGAAAGAAGGAGGGAGGUAAAGAGACGAAAACCAGAGAGAGAGAGACAGAGACAGGGGGAGAGAGAGAGAGAGAGAGAGAGAGAGAGAGAGAGAGGUUUGAUCAGAGCACUUGCCAAUAGAAUAGAGCCAUUUUGUGCACUUUAAUCUUUAAAGAGAUUCAUGCGGUGAAGUCAACGUGUCGAGGUAAUGUGUGUAUUUUUGCUUGAACUGAUUUAGACUAACAUUACAGUAGCCUUCCGUAACCUUUAGCCUCUGUCUGAAAGCAUGAUAGCAAUAUAAUGGUUCCCUUAAUUUCUGUGAACAUAAUGCGAGAUCUGUAUCAGUCCUAGUACGAGGGAAAUGUUCGUGUCUGCUUCUUUUUGUAGCCGAUCGGAUCGAAAUCAUAAUCAGGGUUUGUCGAGUUUCUAUUUUUCACUAAAAGGACGCGUCCUGUGUCUGUGGAGGAAUUAGAAAAGAAUGGAAGUGCUAUUAUUGUGCGCAUGUCCCUCCCUUUCCUGUUGUAGAUAUUUUCUUAUUGUACUGUAUAUGUGUACAUGUAUAACGAUGCAGUGCUCUGUGUGUAUAAAUCUAUACAAAUGUUUUGUGAAGGAUUUGUAAUAUUUAAUAUAUUUGUCUUCUAAGGCUCUAGGAAAUACAAAUGCAAGCGAUUUGAAAUUUUUAAGCAUUUUUAAAAAAAAAAAAAAAAAGUUGUUUGUCAUGCUGAUAAGAUUAUGUAGGCUAAAUGAAAUGAAACGAAAUUUUAUCAAAGCAUCUUCACUCCAGUUGAAGCGUGAACCGGAACACGUGGCAGUACACAGGUACUUAACACACAGUCUCACCUAACGAAGGUACAGCGAAGGUGGUGCCUUUUUCUGACAUGGAGACCUUAUAAAACUGCUGUAGACAUUGUACUAUAAUCUCGUGUCAUUCAAGUGUUGUUUGUCACAGUUACAUGACCUUUCUUGUGCCAUUUUUGAUUAUUUAAUUAAACAAACUACAUUUUGUUACUGAA